UCAAUUACGAGCAGUAUUCUUCUUGAAAUCCCCAAAACUGCCAAAUUAACCCAUUUAUCCCUUGCUAGGUGUUCGCAAUUGACCACCAAGGACUUGAUUAAUUUCCUCGUCAGCCAUCCAGCUGUAUGUCGCGGCACAUUGAAAUGGCUAAACUUGCAAAUUGAUUCAAAUGUGAUAUCUCCACUCUCAGACAUAUAUCUCCACUAUACAUUAAAACAUUUGAAUGCACCCCAGCUAGUCUACUUGAACCUUGGGGGCAUGCCCGUGAACUUUAAAACCCUAAUCAUCCUCAAGAACAAGUUUCCACAGUUGACGAGUCUCAACAUCAGCCAUGCCCAAGUGAAGCCUGAGGACUUGAAUGAGUACAUGAAGGACAACCAUAACAUCAUGUAUCUCGACAUCACGGGGAUCAAGACGCUCACGCGGUUCAACCUCCCCCUGUUCCUCAAACGCAGCUUCACCGCCAACUUAGUUGCGAUUGAGUUUGACUACCGUAUCUUGUAUGAACUCACCCAGGGCGAGCACACCAAAGUCACAGCACCACAGACUUCGUUUGUCGUGGAGACGGCGCCGCCCCAGAUCUGGAAGUUUUUCGACAACGAAGGCCGUAGAGCAUGGAUCUACAAGCUCAGUCCCACGGACUCAGAGUACAAGUCGAUAAUGGCCGGUUCGAGACGGACAUCGGUCCAGCAGUCUAAUCUUGUGUACUACGAUUUGGAGACGGGGAAUAAGAUUGUUAGUUUUGUAAGAAAGCCGGGGUUUCUCAAGUAUGCUGCGCGAAAAGUCAAUUGUUCGAUUGGGUAUUUCAAUUUGACGGGGUAUAGAAAUAAGAAUAAGUUGGAAGAUUGUUGGCCCGUGGAGUUUAGUCAACGGGGGAUUUAUAAUUACUAUUCGUUGAAUGUUAAGUAGUGCAUGUUUGUUUAUGAAUAAUAUAUAAUAAAUUAUAUUUUAUAAUGUGGUAGUAGUAGUGGUGGUAGAGAUAAGAGAGCUCGGUUAUCAUCUGUGCUCAGGGUAAUAUUAGCUAAGCUUGUGAUAAAUUUGGAAAAAAAUCUGCUAAAGUUCUUCAAAAAUAUCAAAAUUUAACCGCAACAACCGAAUACGUUAAAUCAGGUCCAUCCAUUGAUUUAAUUAUUAACAUAUAAACAUACAGCCUAUCUGGUCCUUCUGAACUGGCUAAUUUCCUUCUAUACCUCGUUAAUUAUUACAUAAUUACUUACACAUCCUCGGUAUGGAAAAUAAGUUUUUCCGCGCUCAAACUACAGCCCGAGUCUCCAAUCCCCACACUAACCCAUAUAAAUUCCUCCUGAAAAACCAUCAAACCUUUUCCUUACAAUUUACUACCCAACAAUGUCCGCUCCUGAAUUAACCGACGUCAGAUCUCCCAUCGAUUUAGACAAGCUUUCCGUAUACUUGACCUCGCACUUACAGCUGCAUUUCAAAACUACCAUCGGCCAUAAUGCGGCUGACAUGUCGAACUUUGACAAGAUCGACAUCAAACAAUUCACAUUUGGCCAAUCCAAUCCUACGUACUUGAUCACGGACACUCGUGGAAAGAAUUACGUGUUGCGGAGGAAACCUAGCCCUAAUGCAAAACUCAUUUCUCGCUCGGCCCAUGCUGUCGAACGUGAGUUUUUCGUCUUGAAUGCAAUCAAUAUAAUUAACGAAACUAGUCAGUUGAAAGUCCCCGUUCCGCGAGUUCACUUAUUAUGUGAAGAUGAAGGGGUUAUUGGGUAUGUCUUUUACGUGAUGGACUAUGUUAACGGUAUUCAAAUCAAGAACCCCUCCAUGCCAGGCAUAUCUGCAGACGAUGCUAAACAUUACUGGAACUCCAUCGUGGAGACCAUUGCCGGUAUUCAUUCACUCGACGCAGAAAGAUUGAUUAGUUUACUUCCAGAAAAGCACUUCCCGCAAUUCCAAAACUUAGACAAGUUGAGAAAAACGUCCUACUUUAAAAGACAAAUCAAAACCUUGCACAGUAUUCAUAAAUUACAAUCGCAACACGUCAAGGAAAUUCCAAACUUUAAGGAAAUCACUAACUGGUUAUUGGAUAACGCACCCAAGGACCCAGCCCACUUGACUCUCAUCCAUGGUGAUUUGAAAAUCGAUAACGUAUUAUUUGACCCCAACACGAAAACUGUAUGCGGAAUCCUUGAUUGGGAAUUAUGCACCAUUGGUAAUCCAUUAUUCGACUUGGCCAACUUCUUCCAGCCAUUCCAAUUGCCCAACAGAUUAAACAAAAUGUUGUACUAUCCCCAGAAAACCGACAUGGGUUCAGAAAAUUCCGAAUCGAUCCAUUUCUUGUAUGACCAGUUAAGUAAGUAUCAAAAGUUGAUUACGUGGGAUCCUAAAGAUUCCAAGAACAAUGCUACUGAUUUAUGGCCUAUUGGACACGUGUUUGGAUUAUUAAGACUCUGUGUGAUUAGUCAGGGGAUCGCCAUGAGAGUUAAAUUAGGUAAUGCCAGUUCCGCCAAUGCUAAAGGAUAUGCCGGAAUGUACCCAUUUUUAGCCGAAUUAGCCAUGAAGUCGAUCAAGUCAUUUAAUGACAAGAAACGGGAAUCAAAAGUUUAGUAUUUAUAGUUUUAUAGUUCCCAAUCUAACAUAAUAGUGUAAUUCAUUCAGUAGUU